AUGAAGGCCUUUCUAGCAUUCUGCGUAUUAGUGGCAUGCGUUGCGGCUGACAACGUGCGUCAGAAGCGCGGUAUCCUCAGCGGCCUUCACUCUCCGAACGGAUUAUCAGUCGGAUCAUCCAGUGGCUACAGUUACUCUGCACCCCCCUCGAGCUACUCCGCACCUUCUGUCAGUUACUCCGUACCCUCUGUCAGUUACUCAGCACCAUCAGUCAGCUACUCGGAGCUCGCUCCCUCUAUUAGCUACUCAGCACCUGCUCCAGCCUUAAGUUUAGCUCCAGCCAUCAGCUACUCAUCUGCCCCAGCAGUGAGCUACUCCGCCCCUAGUGUCAGUUACUCCGCCCCAUCUAGCUACAGCUACUCACCUGCUCCAGCUGUGAGCUACUCCGCUCCGGUCGCCAGUUAUGCCCCUUCAGUGUCGUACUCGGCCCCAGCGACCCGGGUCGUUACCGUCAAGAAAGUUGUGAAUGUUAAGAAAGUGGUCACCGUUCCUCAAGUGGUUAAUGUACAAAAAGUGAUCACCGUUCCCCAAGUGGUCACGGUGAACAAGGUGGUGCCCGUCAGUGGUUGCUCCGGCGGUCUGUCCGGUGGUUGCGGCGCCAACUAUGCCAGCAGCUACGGCUCGGGUUACACCAACGGCUGGUAACUUGUGUUCAAUGAAUUCUAGUCAAAUGCUCAAUAUAUGAUUUAUACUUAUUUUAUUUUUUUAAUAAACAAAACAGAUUAUAAAA